CGGGCGGUGCCCUGGUACAUCAGGAUGUUGCCUAGGCGACCCACCACCACGCCGUCCAGGCAGGCGGGGUGGGAGGCCGCCAUGUGGGACAGCUGGUGGGCGUGGCUCUUUGAGAAAUGGCCACAGUGGGGGCACUGCAGGGCAGACUAAAGGUGAUUAAUGAAGCUAUUUCUGUCCGGAGAAGCAAAUAAUACCUGCAGAGGAGGGAAGAGAAGACUACAUCUCCCAUCACCACUUCAGUAUGACAUCUUUCAGACAGCAGGGGACAGGGACAGUAAGUGGUCUGUUCACUACACUACCCAGAAGCCUCAGCAGGGUUUGGUCUUCAUCCCUGGGAAAAGACGAUCCGGCAGCGCUGAUGACCUGCGAGCGUGUAACCGGCUGACUCAGCAUGGCUACAGCAGACCCACCAGCUCUCACCUCCACCAACCGAGCUCCGCCUCCCCUCCGUCCUCCUCUGGCCUGGACCAAUCAGAGGGCAGCACACGCAGAGGGUGGAAGGACAAAAGCAGGAAGAUGUCGUCGGCCUCCUCAGACGAAGACGAGAGGUUCAUCUUGAGCAACACACGACCUCUGACCCCGCUGGUCCUGAACCCUGUCCAACUCACCUCCUGCUGGGACGUCUUCGCCCCGGCGUACGAGCCAACCAUCGACGUGGAGAUGGAAUCGACCCCCCGGCUUCCGACGCCGGAGGAGAGGAUGAGGAAGCAGGCGGAGGCAGUUCCCGCUGAUAUCGUCCCGAUCAAUAUAACAGGUGAGAGUUUUGAUCGUCAGGCAAGUUUCCGAAGAACGGUGUCCAACGGUGACUCGUUGUCCCGGCGACCCCGAAAACUGAGCCGCCGCAAGACGGUUACCGGGAUACCGGAUGAUGUCAACCGGAAGCCGGACUCGCCUUCCGUCUCCUCCGUUCUUCCCGGUCAGUUCUCCACCGUGGGUCGACCUGCCUCCUCCUCCUGCACCUCCACCCGCCAACAGAAGACCACGGAGGAGGAGGAGGAAGAGGAGGAGGAGGAAGAGGAGGAGGAGAAGCAGCUGAGUGAAAUCAGAAAGGAGGGGCAGUCGUCGGUGAGGAGGAUCCGAGCCCCAAGAGGAGAGGGGAUAUCCAGCCUCAUGGCCUCCCUCACCUCCUCCCCACGUGUCGACUGCCCAUCCUCCUCUGAGGUCAGCAGCCUCCCGCGUCUGGCAACCAACUCCUCUCUGAACUCCGAGGCCAGCUGUAACAGCGCCUCCUGCAGGACCCUCAGUGCCUCCUCGUCCUGCUGCCAGGAUCUACAGGGUUUCCCCAGCGACCUCCAGCCCCUGCUGCCCUUCGACCACACCGCCAGAGUCAUCCCACAGUCUCCUGUCUCCUCCUCCUCCUCUCUUCCUUCCUCCCCCGUCACCCCUUCCCUUCCCAGCACCCCGAGCUGUGGCCUGCAGCCCGAGUGGUCUUACCCCAGCGACAAGCCCCUGAAUGAGGCUGCCCAACCUCACACCUCCCCCUCCUCCUCCCACUACCUCUCCUCCUCCUCAAUCGCAGACUCAGAGUCUCAGUUCAGUUACCAGGCUCUGGACGAGCAGAGCUCCGCCCAGCAGGACACCACCUCCUCCUGCGAUGGAGGCUCCUUCAGUGGGGAGAGAUGGAGCUACGAGCUCCUCUCCCCCAGCUCCAGUGUCCACAGUGGUCAGACUGGGCGAGACUGGAACGGCAUCACCCUGGAGACGAGCUGCGACCCCCUCCUCUCCUCUGGUCGCUCCUCCCCAGCGUUCACUGACAACACCUCCCUGUGCUCAGAGAGGAUGAUGACCUCCUCCAUCUCGCUAAACCGGGAGAAAAGGAGGUCCAGCACCUCCUCCUGCUACUCUCGCACUCUCACCCGCAGCAUCUCCCUCCGUAAGUCCAAGCGCCCACCUCCCCCACCGCUACGCUCCGACUCCCUGAGGCGCCGGCCAGGUCGGAGCAAGUCCGCCCGGUCCUCCUCCAGUCCUCGCCAGGAGCACCGUCCCCGCCUGGAGCACAGUCCCUGCCUGGAGCACAGUCCCUGCCUGGAGCGCGCCGCCCAGCGGACCCCCACCUCGUCACCGCAGACCUUCCAUGACCCCUGGGUGCCCCGGAGUAACCCCAAGAGACGCCAGAAUGGGCUGAACUGUGGGACAGUCUCAACCUUUGAACCAUUAAACCUCGACCCCCAGGCGGGAAACUCUGAUGACCCCCCCCCUGAGCACCUCCUGCCAAGCCCCGGCCACUCCCACCCCCCUGAUUUUACCCCUGGAUCUCCAGGCUCCGAGGAGGAGGGGCUGAGAUUCACUCUCAACCCCCACCCAGCUGCCUCCUCCGUGGGGGGGCUGCAGCGCCUCGCUUCGCCCUCCAGUGGAUACUCCAGCCAGUCCAACACCCCCAUUCCUGGCACUCCCGUGUCCUCCCCCCUCACCCCCUCCUCCCCUCUCACAGCAAGCCCUGAAGCCUUCUCCUCUUCACACCUGCCCGCCUUCCCCCUGUCCCCUGCCGUCUCCUCCCUGCCCAGGACAAGGUCUCGGGGCGAGGGGAGGCCGAAGCCCCCGGUGCCAGAGAGGAAGUCGUCGCUCUUCUCCUCCCUCUCCUCCUCGUUUUCCUCCACCUCCUCCCUCUCCUCCUGCACUUCCUCAGAGUCCUCUGCUAAGCAUCCUCUUCUCCCUGCUCCUCCUCCUCCUCCUCCUCUACCAGAACGUUCCUCUCUUUCACCUCUUGUCUUCUUCUCCCCCAUUCAUGAGGCUCCUCCUCUUCCUCACUCCUGCCUGUCUGCUCCUCCUUUCACCAAACUUUCCACUGCUCCUCCUUCUCCACCUUCAUCUCUUCCUCCACCACCUCCUCCUCCUCCUCCACCACCUCCUCCUCUCCCACCUUCCUCUCUCCCCACUCCUCCUCCUCUUCCUCCUUCCUGCCGGCCUCCUCCUCCCCCCUACUCCUAUGCUGUCAGGCAGAGCUCCCAUCAUGCACUAGUGUACACAGUGUCAUCAUCAACCAACUUCCCUCCUCCCCCAACUUCCCCACCUCCUCCCCCAUUGUCUCCUCUUCCUCCUUCUUCAGAGCUCCAAGAAUUGCCAAUCGCUGACCUUCCUCCUCCACCUCCGCCACCUCCUCUUCCUCCUCUGACUACUCCCCCUGCCACCUCCCUACCCCCACUGAGCCCUGGUAGGUCGCCACACCGUCGUGUUAAAGUGGCCACGCCCCCUUCCCCCCUGGUCACCGCCCAAGCUUUGCAGGGCGUCAAGCUGCGCUCCAUAAAGAACCAUGAAGCCCUGCUAACUAGCAUCGUGGUGGCUAAUGCUACAUCAGCUAAUGCUACAUCAGCUAAUGCUACACUGUCAGCUGAUUCCAACCAGGAACACACUGACCGACCAAGUAAAGACGCUCAUCCAGUCGACUCUGUGUCGGCUGAAGUUAGUCCUGAUGGAACUGGAUCACAUGAUACUAUCUAUAAUGAAGCUAACAUGUCCAGUGCUUUAAUGGCUAAUGCUAACCCUCUUAGCUUAACCAACUCUGAUGCAAAGCAACCUGGAUGUAAAUCAGAUUAUGAUCACGAUUACUACAACCUAACAAAAGGUGAGAUGGUCGCCGAGUCAGGUCACACUGAUCUGCAGCUACCAGGUUUUGUUCCCAGCUCAGCCAACCAGAGAAGCUCUGGACCUCAGGUGACCACGCCCACAGACGUCCAGUCCGAUGAACGAGGAAGGAAAGAUUCAGACAUGUUCGCUACGCUGGCAAACAAUCGAAUCUCCAGUCCUGACGGUCCCUGGGUGAAAAUGCCUCCUGGUUGUGACAAAAACAGCAUCAACACAAUCCCCCAGCAUCCCUCUCUCCAACAAGAACAGGUCAAAGAGACGAUGCUAGCAGAUGCUAAGCUACCAGAGCCUGCAGAGGAACGAGGAAACACUGAGGAUGUUCUCCACACUGACUCUUCUGUACGUGGUGCAGCUGACGGAGAAUCCUCAGAAAGUACUGAUUUAAAACAGAGUAAUAAUGUCUGUAAGACAAGCAGCCUGACGAAGCUCCGCUCCCCGGAGAAGCCGGUCCUCCCAAAGAAGCCUGAUCUUUGCAUCCUGGGUCUCAUGGCGUCUCCUGAAGCGCGGCGAGGACCAGGUGGCUUGACAAGCAGUGGACAAAUCACAUCGCCUCUCUCUGGGCUCAACGACCAAUCACAGCUUCCCUCUGAUCCCUCCUGCAUAAACUCGCACACACAUCUGACCCUUGGUUCGCCGUCAUCAAAGCACCUAACGUGCUCCGCUGUCGACAAACCUGCUGACAAAUCACCUGCUGACAUCACCACACUCUCACCUGCCAGCUCCCCUCAGAGGCAGAAGCCACAAAUUCUGCACAAGAAGCCGGAUCUCUCCCUGACUUCACCCAGAAGAACAAAACUGGAGGCACCCAAAGGCUCCUCUGGGACCUGCAGCACCCUGGAGAUCGCAGGUGUUGCACAGAGUCUGAGCACCACAGGGACCAGCACCUCGAAGACCAACGGGACCGCGGUUACUCUGGAGGACCGUGACGCCUCAGGAGCGCCGGGCAACGUGGAGAAUAGCAUCUAUGGGACCUGUGGCCCCCCAGGAAUCAUGGGUAUCACACAGGCCUGGAGUAUCACUGGGACCAUGAGCACCUUGGAGAACUGUGGUAUCCCAGGAACGUGGGGAACCUCGGAGACGUCGAGCACCAUCGGGAACUCGUGGGCUCACGGACCGGCUUCUACCCGAACAGGUGGCACCCAGACUGGAGCGACGGACCCGCGCUGCGCUGGGGUCAUCGCACUCCAGAGAGAUGAUGAGAAAAUGUUUCACAACAGGAUGAUGAGGUCAUCGCUGGCUGGAGACGAGGAGGAAGCGGUGAAAGAACGAGGGAUAAAGACGGCAAUGAUGAUGAUGAUGACAUCUACCUCAAAGAAAAAAGACAAAGCAAAGAAGAGGAGGAAGAGGAGGCCGGGCAGACAGCUGCUCAUGAUGUCAUCAACAAUGGCGCCCUCCCCCUCCUCGUCAUCGUCGUCGUCGUCAUCAUCUUCAUCCUCAUCUGGGGAUGAGCGAGACGUGGUGAGAGAGAGAACGAUGCAAACGAGCGAGCGAGUGAGAAUGAUGAAAGUGUAUGAGCAAGAGACGAGCGACUCUGAGAGCUCCUGCGCUCUGAUUGGUCAGAGCAGGUACUCCCUCAGCAGUGCACUGUCCAAUGACAGCCUGCGGGGGGAGCUGUCGCUUCCAGACCUCCUGAUACGGGAACCAGAGGAGUGCGAAGAGGAGGAGAGGACCGAGGAGGGGGCGAAGGAGGUCGGGCGAGCUCCGGAUGCUGAUCUGUUUGUGAGUGUGUCGGCAGAUCAGAUGUUCGUCUCCGGUCGACCGCGGACCACAGAGGAUUUAUUCGCCGUCAUCCACAGGUCCAAGAGGAAGAUGCUAGGAAGAAGGGAUGCAGAAGAUGAUGGACAUCGCAUCUCGUCUUCGUCGUCCUCUUCCUCCCCCCCGGUGACUCCCACUGACCCCCUCCCCCGCCCAGCGCGACCAGCAGCCCUCCGAAGUCAAAGGUCAGCGAGGAGUGAGAGCUUCAAGGCGCUCCUGCUGAGGAAGGGAAGUCGAUCUGAUUCGUCGUCGAGAAUCUCGGCUGUUGAGCGGCUUCGCAAAGAUGCUUCUCCUACGACCUCGAGCGACCUCCAGGGAGCGCCGUCACUGCCGCCACCACCGGACCAACACCUAGUCAAAGCCACAAGCUCGUCCCUUACCUCAGAUACACAUGACAUCAACGCCCACCUGACCCUGGACAUACCAGCGUCUCCCACGUCUCCGUACAGUCAGGACUUAUCUAUGAUGUUGGGUUUGAGACAAAGGGAUCUGACACAUAAUGGCCUCCUCUUCACGGCCUCCUCCUCCUCCUCCCCUUUCUUCUUCCUCUCCUCCUCCUCCAUGCGACCUCGCUCCCUCACUCCUCCCUGCUCGGGCAGCCGGCGCUUUGCCGCUCGCUGCCGCUUCUUCGCGGCCCCCAUGACCGCCAUCUUUGAGGGGGACAGUGAGGAAGAAGAGGAAGACGACGAGGUGUUCGCCAAGUCGCCGACAGGAAACCUUCCAGGAGCCGACGGAGAGCUGAGCCAGAGGUUGGUCGAGAUCUCUUGAUGGAAAAGGUUUACAGAUGCAGCUGCAGCGUGGACGGAAAGGAGCUCACAGACAAACGUACCUGAGCGUGACGAUGUCUGGGUCUCCUACAGAUCAGGUUUACAGCUGACCCCCAACAUGCUGCGCUGCCUCAGCAAACUGGACUGAACUGGAUCGGACUGAACUGGAUCGGACUGAACUGGAUCGGACUGACUCGCAGCCUGGAGCAUUUAAUUGAAUUUACUGAAGCACACUUGGAAACUCUCUGAUAAAGGACGUGUCGCUAGUUGCCACAUUUAUACGUUAGAAAACUACAGAAGCCUGAACAGGACAUGCGUCUAAUUAUCCCUGAUGUUUUUUCUAACGCUUGUUGAACCACGAUCUUAAGAAAACAAACUCGUUGCGAUGAAACAAUAAUUUUUUUGUGAUCCUGGAAAGUAACCGUAGCCCAACAUCUCCAGUUAACGAACUUAAUUUAAUCAAAUUUGCUUUUGUCCUUUUUUUUGCUUGAACAGACACUGAACAUGUUUAUAUUCAUAUUUUCUUGUGACUGAACGUGUCUGUCUUCUCUGUUCAGUUUGUGAAGUUGAUAUUUGUUCACGAGGACGUGAGAUUAUUUUAAUGCUGAGGAAACAGAUUCAUGAUUUUCACAUAAGAAGCUUGUUUUCUUGAGAUCACAUAGUAAAUGUUAUAAUAUAUUACAAUAAUAAUAAUAAUAACAACAUGUUAAGCAGCUAUAUUUUGAAGCUUAUCCCAAAUUUUUGGCUGUUACUGAUGCAGGAUUCAAAUAAUACUUAUAUUAAAGAUGUGAUCAGACGCAUUUAAACAGAUUCUAUUGAAUUAGCAACCUGACGAUUAUUGGCUUUAUCUUAGCAAUAUGUAUUGAAUCAGCCGCUUCUGAUCAGCAGCUGUAUGAAAGAUAAUGAAGCUCUUCAUUUUAAAAAAGCAUGACCUCGACUUAAAAAAAAACAAACUGUUAAACUCAUUAAAACUCAACAAUAAUAAUAUUUUAACAUUUAAUGCAAGAAUUCAUUUUCACAUUUGAGGUGAAAUUAGCAGUUACCAGAUCUAUGUCAAACAAAUGAUUCAUGACGUGUAGGAAACACUCCAGCAGCUACCGGCUGCUAAGUUCUUGUUUUACACAGAAAGCUGAAGAGUCUUGAUUUGUUUAACUGUGGAAGAAAAGAUGAUGAAGGUCAUUUCAGUUGCCCAUUGAUUGAAAACCUGAACCGAUCAUUUUAGCAUCUUUCUAAACUAUAAAAAGCCGUAUCAUGCCGCACAUGACAAAGCAUCUUUUUAAUAUUACGAUCAUGAUCUCGAACAGUGAGAUUGAAUUAAAGUAAAAGAGGAAAGUGAACUGGAAGGUUCAGUCCCUGUUUAUUAUCAUUAUUAUUAAUAUUUUAAUAUUUUUUAUAACCAUGUUGAGCCGUUAGCUUCCUCUCUGAGAUCAGGCAGCACUGGAAAUAUUCCAACAGCAGCUGACAUUAUUAUGACAUUAUUAUUUACCAUUUUAUAUGUUAGUACCAGCUACACUGGAUGACACUGUAUUUAAUAAGGGAUGUAGUGUUUCCUGUACUGUAAAUAAUCCUGUUUCAUCUUAUCAUGUUUUCUUGUUUCUACAUUUGUCUUUAUGUUGCUGCUGCUGCGUCUUCGUUUCUUUUCUGUAGCGUUUUUCUUCUGCUUCGGUCUCCAUGUUAAUGGAGCCUCAGAUCUGUUUUUCUUUUUCAAAGAAAGUAGAAAAAUAUCAGUCUGAAUGAGGAUGUAACUUUAUACGGUGGAGACUUUGAAUUUAGAAACAUAAUUAUCUUCUCUGUGUGAAUGUUCGAGGUUCAGAUUUACUCUAUUAACCAAUAAAUGUAUACGAUUUAACAGGGAAUCUGGAAGUAUGGAGAAGGAGUGAAAGAGAGGUGGGCGGACGUAAGUAGGAGAACAGGGCAAACUGAAUGAAAGUGUAGUUGUAUGGAGAAAGGCAGAAGUCAGAACAACUGGAAACAUUUAUAUGUAAAUAAAGGUAAGUGUAUGAGAUGGAGAACUGGAAGCAAUAAAGGACAAACUGAAUUUCUGAAAUGUA